CAUCCAGCAAAAAGGCAGCCAGCAACCAAUACGGUUCGCGGGGGGAAGAUAACUGCCAACGAAUUCAGACGAGUUAUGGGAUUUAGCUGGUGUCAACAGCAGUCAGAAGUGAGAAAGAUAACGAUUGUACAGGGAAAUAAAGCGAUUAUAUAAAUACAUUUAAGGCAUUUACAGUAGGCUGUGUACAAUAGCUUUUAAAAAAGUAUGUAUUUAUCAAAUCUCUUACAUUGAUGGAAACUUAGUUAACGGGACUGGAUGGGACUUUAAAAAAAAGAGUCGUCGAGGGAUGAGACUUUCGAUAAGGUAAAAAGUGAGAUAACAAUUAGGAUUGCUAAUGUAAAUUAAUUUUUUAGAUAAUCUAGUCUAUUACGAGGUUCAACAGAUUGCGCGAAAACUGGAUUCGGGUCACUCAACGCGCGCAGGUCUCCUCUGCCAUUUCAGCCAUCGGACGAUUUGAAAGAGUCCUACGCCAUGUCUCUGCCGCGUAUGCUGGGCGAGCUGCAGCUGUACCGGGUGCUGCAGAGGGCCAACCUGUUGGCCUACUACGACACCUUCAUCCAGCAGGGCGGCGACGACUUGCAGCAGCUCUGUGAGGCUGCAGAGGAUGAGUUCCUGGAGAUCAUGGCGCUGGUCGGCAUGGCGACCAAGCCACUGCACGUGCGCCGUCUACAGAAGGCCCUCCGCGACUGGGCAGCCAACCCGGCCCUCUUCAACCAGCCCCUGGCCAACGUGCCCCUGGGCGGCAUCCCGCUGUUCAAGGUGGACGGGACGGGUGCCAGCGGAACCGCCGCUGGAGGACCCAGGAAGUCCCUGAGUAAUGGGCAGCCGGGGUCGCCAUUCGACAGGGAGGACAGGGCGUGCCUCACCCCUAUGCACAGCGGGAGCCCCAGAAGCCCCUGCUCCCAGGCCUCCCCACAGCCCCCGGACACCCACUACAGGGGCAUGCUGUCCCCAAUGGACCCCCACUGGCUCAGCCCAGAGCCGGAUGGGAACAGUGCCUCGGUCUCAGCCUCAGGGGUGGACGAGGAGCAGCCCAGCCCACCUCUACUCCCCCCUCGUACCCCAGGUCCCUCCACGCCCCCAGCCUCCUCCUCCUCCCUCUCCUCGGUGGUCCUCUCAGCCUGGCCUGGGGGCCAGCUGGACGGGGAGACGACACGGGCAGUGGGGGAGAGCGUGGACAGGCUCCUGAGGACCCUGCCCAGGUCGGACCCCAGAGAGGUGAAGACACUCCUUAGGAUGAACAAGAAGAUGGCCAAGACGGUGGGCCACAUCUUCAAGAUGGCACCCCAGGACAUGGCCAUGGAGGAGGAGAUCCGCAAGUACAGCCUCAUCUACGGCCGCUUCGACUCCAAGAGGAGGGAGGGCAAGCAGCUCACACACCACGAGCUGAUCAUCAAUGAAGCUGCCGCCCAGUUCUGUAUGCGUGACAACGCUCUGCUUCUGCGACGGGUAGAGCUCUUCUCAUUGGCUAGACAGGUGGCAAGAGAAUGCGCCUACACCUCCACACUCAAGCAUGCCAGAACAAGUGCAGAUGACUGCAGUUUACCAUCCCAAAAGAGAGUGAAACAUGAGGUGAUAGUGUCGGAGUGUGUGUCCUCCCUCCAUGGUGUGGAGGGUUCAGAGGGUGUGUCCCAGAGGGCUGACGAGGACAGCUUAUCAGGAGAGAGUCUGGACAGCUUAACACAAGACGUAGCCUCACAGUGCAACCAAUCUCCAUCCCCCCGCCCCUCCACCGACACCUCCAUCCCUGCCAACUGGAGUCGCCAUCUCAUGCAACAAACGCUCAUGGAUGAGGGGCUGCGAUUGGCUAAGAUGGUGUCACAUGACCGAGCUGGCAAGAUCAGCCUUAGGUCAGAGGGGACACAUACCACAGACAUACAGCGGAAUCGAGCUAAAUCAACGCAACAAAUGUCCUGGGACAUUGACUGGACAUUGUCUCCUGAUAUUAAACCACUUUCGAGACUUUGAGGUCAAGGUGGAGAGGAGGGGCUCGAUAGCAGUGUGCAGCAGCAGCAGCCCUGGCAGCACCAAAGAUGACUCGGACCACGGAGGAAAGUAGUGAAACCAACCACUCAUCAUCCCGAGAACCCAUAACAACCCUGCCUCUCAGCUCCACUCAGAUCCUGGAGGGCACAACUCAGCAGGCUUUCCAUCUGUACUUAAACCAUUGACACUUGGGAGUACUGGGGAGGUGGAAUGAAUCAUUCCAAUCUAAAUCAAUUUUGCAUCCCAAAUGACACCCAAUUCCCUACAUAGUGCACUACUUUUGAUCAGAACUCUGGUCAAAAGCAGUGCAUUACAUAGGGAAUAGGGUGUUAUUUGGGACGGAGCCCAUGAUGGGCUGAAUCGGGUGGUUCAGGGAGAGGUAAAGCAUCAUAAACCUUCUAAUACUAUGGCCCUCCAGUACUGAAAUUGAGGGAUAGGCACUCUACAACUUUACCUCUGUAUAUACUGUGCCCAAACACUCCAAACAGCCCUGCGAGGGCAUUAGCCACAUGCAUCCACAGGGCUACGGUAACACUUACACAAAUGUAGGAGGUAUGUCACACACUGAUGUGACAAUGUCUCAGUUUGCCCACUUUGAACAUAAUCCCAAUCCCCAUAAUCUCCUCCUCCCCCACCCUGCCCCCAGGACAAUGGAUGCAAAAUGUUGAUAUCAUGACUAACUUUUGGUGCUAUUUUCGUUCUGUUGAUACAAGGUUGUCACUGAGAUUUGGAUAAGUAUCUGUUAUGACACUGCCGUUAAAGAUUGGUUUUACAAAGUGUCACUAAUUUGAGUGUUGACCGUUAGAUGAUAAAGGCAAUGUGUACAGAGAAGAUAAUCAGGUUCAGAUGCCUUUUUCUUCCAAUACUGCAGCAACUGUCACUGACACCCACUGAAACUCUGUUAAUUUAGAGGGGUGGGUUUGGAUGUUAAUAUGUUAACACUAUUGAGCCCUUAGAUUAUAUUUGUUGGUGAACUGAACAUUCUUUGAUUUAACUUAAUAAGGCUUAAACAAGCAAAAAUAAUUUGCAUAACUCUUGAGGCAAUUACUAAGUUAACAAAGACAAGAAUGCUCAUCUCCCAAUGUUAUUUUUUGAAUACAGUAUGUAUGUCGUAUCAAACACUAAAUUCUUUGAUUAUGGAGUUUUGGAGAAUUCACUUUUUUUGUAAGAAUACAUAGUCAGAUGUUACUGGGAAUGAAUGUUUAAAAGAAAGGUGUUUGGAUGGUUAGGAAAUCAGGGAGAAUCCAGGACAUUACAUUUUCUGCAUCCGAAAAGGUCCCCUAUUUCCUAUGUAAUGCACUACUUCUGACCAGGGCCUACCUCUAGUCAAAGGUGGUGCACUA